GGUUGGUCAUGGAACUACUGCAGUUCACAUGUCUGCUUUUACUUAUCAGCGUGAGAUGUUUGACAGGUUUUGGCCAGCAGUGUGGGGGUAACCAGUGGCAGUGUGAUGAUGGAGCUUGUCUGCCUCUUUCCUGGUACUGCGAUGGAAAUGGAGACUGUAUGGACGGCUCUGAUGAAAUGGCCUGCCCCUGUCCUAGGGGCCAGGUUGCCUGCAUGACCGGGGCUCCUGGUUGUGUAAGUACCUCUGCAGUAUGUGAUGGGCAGCGCCAGUGUUCUGAUGGGUCUGAUGAGUUGAACUGCCCAGAGAACCAGGGCUGUCUGCAGGGGGACUGGAGGUGUAGGAAUAAGAUCUGCAUCCCCAAGGACCAAUACUGUAAUGGUGCUAACGACUGUGUGGACAACUCUGAUGAGACCUGUGGCCGGUGUGGGCCAAUGGCUGUGCGUUGUCCUGGAGGGGCGUGUCUGACUGAAGAUGAGAGGUGUGAUGGAAAAUUGCACUGCUCUGAUGGCAGCGAUGAACCCUCUACCUGUGGGAGGACCUGUUCAGAAGAGAAUGGUGGCUGCAGUCACUCCUGUUUGGAUCAGCCCUGGGGAGCUCUCUGCUCCUGUCCUAAAGGCCAUAGGCUGUCUGCUCAUGGGGCCUCCUGUCUGGAUGUGGAUGAAUGCUCUCUGCCUUACGGUCCAUGCAUGCACUUCUGUGUCAACACACCCGGGUCCUUCUACUGCCACUGCCGAGACGGCUUCCAGCUUCAAGGAACCACUUACUGCUAUGCUAAAGGAAAUUAUACAAAGUUGUUGACUGCAAAGAAGGGAACUAUUGGAUUUCUGAAUCUGAAGACUCUGAGAUUCGAGUCUAUUCAGAGUAUUGGCUAUGAUCCUCUGGCCCUGGCCUUUGACCUCUCCAGAAGCUCAUUCUACUGGGCUGAUGACCAGGGGAACAUCUACAAGGCUAAGGAGCAGAAGAGCAGGAUCCUUUAUCAUGGACAAUAUGGGGUUAGAAGUCUAGUCUGUGAUUGGCUGACAGGCCAGCUGUACUGGACCAACCAGAAGACCCGGUCUAUUCAUGUUGGGGCAGCUGAUGGGAGUGGAUUUGCAACAGUCUUGGCCAAGAACAUGGACCCGUUGGAGCUGGUCCUUCUUCCCAUUGAAAGCUUGUUGUUUUGGAUCAACAAAGGUCCAGGUGAUAAAAUGACUCUGGAGAGAUCUGGGAUGGAUGGGUUAAAGCAGGAAUCUCUGGUGGUCCUCACUGCACAGGCACCACGGAGUCUGACCCUGGACGUUACAGUUCGGAGGCUGUACUGGAUGAGUGAUUUUAAAAAGUCCAUAGAGACUGUGCGAGUGGAUGGGAGUGGUCGCUACAGCUUUCUGGAGUUCUUCAAGAGGAGACCAGCUCAGAGCCUGGCGGUGUUUGAGAGGUGGUUCUACUGGACAGAUCAGAUGGGUCUGUGGCGUUCCCCUCAGGACCGACCUGAUCAGAAGACCUUUAUUCAGAGGACAAGACUAUCUGUCCUAGAGGCAUACCAUGAACAACAGCAGCCAAAGGCUCCAUCAGCCUGUGUAAAGUCUGGCUGUCAGCUCUGCAUGCUGACUCUGGACCUGCCUGCCGGGUUCACCUGUACCUGUCCUGAUGACAAACUGCUCAUGGCAGAAGGCUCAUGUGAAUAUCCCAGGUUUGCUUAUGCAACAUCCACAACACUGAACCUGCUCGAGUUGAAAGGGAAGGAACUGAUCAAGACAUUACUGCUGACUACGGAUGACGUCAUGGAGUCUUUUGACAUUGACUGGAGGGGGGACUGGGUCUACUGGGCGAACAGCACUGGUGAUGUGAUGCGCAGGAGCCUCAAUACCGACCAAACAGAGACUGUCCCCACGCUGAGACCAGCCUGCGUGGUGUCAGUAGACCAGAAGAUGAGAAAUCUGUACUGGCUGUCAUGUGAUGAAGUCUAUGUUGGCGUCACUAACAUGGAUCAGGGUUACCCACGGAGACUGUACCAGUCAGGCAGUGAGGUAAGAGAUGUUUAUCUGGACUGGCAGCGAGGGAGGCUGUACUUGCUGGAGGCUGGGUGGAUCCUAUCCAUGAGACUGCCCGGAGGAAACCCUAGGAAAGUCCUUAGAGUGGAGGGACACGUCGCUGGGCGCAUUGUUUUGGACCUGAAAUCCAACACACUGCUCUGGAACACAGAGGGGGACGAGCUGAAGAUCAUGAGUCUGUUGAAGUCCCAGACUCACCUGGCAGGCAGAGAGUGGAAUGUCCCUGGUUCCAUCAUGGCCGCUCACUCUCCGCUCCUAGUGUCGCUGUUUAAUGAUGUCAUCACUGUGUGGGACCGGCGGGACAGGAGGCGUGUCCACGAUGUCCCUGUCGGACCAGGCGUUGUCAGGGUGAUCGUGGCUCUGGAUGUAAAGGAAGUGCCUCCUGCUCAGCCAGUCUGUACCAGUCCAUCAGUGAUGUGUCGGGGCUCAACAUUGUGCAUCUCCCAAACUCAGCUGUGUGACACAUUGAGAGACUGCCCUGAUGGUUUUGAUGAGGAGUCCUGCAUUACUAAAUGUCCAAACCGAGGUGAGUUCCGGUGUAAGGACAGGAGGAAAUGUAUUGAGAGGAGGCUGGUUUGUGAUGGACGCGCUCAUUGCCAAGACGGCUCAGAUGAGAUUGGCUGUCAAACGAUAGCUGCUCCAACAUCCCAAACUGCGCCCCUGAAGUGUCGCAUGGGUUCUAGACUGUGCAAGGAUGGGAGAGAGUGUGUCCUGCACAGCCAUGUUUGUGAUGGAGAGGUGGACUGUAAGGAUGGAUCAGAUGAACAGGACUGUGAGCUCCUCUGCAAAGCAGGUCAGUUCCAGUGUGCUCAUGGGAAGAAGUGUAUCGACCAGCAGCAGGUUUGUGAUGGGAAGGCACAGUGCCAGGACCGUUCUGAUGAAAUGGACUGCUUCAAGCCCACCAAGAGCUGCAGUCAUCGCUGUGACAACAAUAGCCGCUGUAUCCCAGAAACCUUCCUCUGUGAUAGAGAGAGAGACUGUGAGGACGGCUCUGAUGAGGAAGGCUGUGAUUCUAACAAGGCCCUUCCUCCUGUCCUGCCAACUCUGGCUCAGACCUGUACCAGUCCAUCAGUGAUGUGUCGGGGCUCAACUUUGUGCAUCUCCCAAACUCAGCUGUGUGACACAUUGAGAGACUGCCCUGAUGGUUUUGAUGAGGAGUCCUGCAUUACUAAAUGUCCAAACCGAGGUGAGUUCCGGUGUAAGGACAGGAGGAAAUGUAUUGAGAGGAGGCUGGUUUGUGAUGGACGCGCUCAUUGCCACGAUGGCUCAGAUGAGAUUGGCUGUCCAACGAUGGCUGCUCCAACGUCCCAAACUGCGCCCCUGAAGUGUCGUAUGGGUUCUAGACUGUGCAAGGAUGGGAGAGAGUGUGUCCUGCACAGCCAUGUUUGUGAUGGAGAGGUGGACUGUAAGGAUGGAUCAGAUGAACAGAACUGUGGUGGAACUCCAAUUCCCCUUACUACUGCUUAUUUGGCUCCAACUACAACCAUUCCAGUCUGUACCAGUCCAUCAGUGAUGUGUCGGGGCUCAACAUUGUGCAUCUCCCAAACUCAGCUGUGUGACACAUUGAGAGACUGCCCUGAUGGUUUUGAUGAGGAGUCCUGCAUUACUAAAUGUCCAAACCGAGGUGAGUUCCGGUGUAAGGACAGGAGGAAAUGUAUUGAGAGGAGGCUGGUUUGUGAUGGACGCGCUCAUUGCCAAGACGGCUCAGAUGAGGUUGGCUGUCAAACGAUAGCUGCUCCAACAUCCCAAACUGCGCCCCUGAAGUGUCGCAUGGGUUCUAGACUGUGCAAGGAUGGGAGAGAGUGUGUCCUGCACAGCCAUGUUUGUGAUGGAGAGGUGGACUGUAAGGAUGGAUCAGAUGAACAGGACUGUGAGCUCCUCUGCAAAGCAGGUCAGUUCCAGUGUGCUCAUGGGAAGAAGUGUAUCGACCAGCAGCAGGUUUGUGAUGGGAAGGCACAGUGCCAGGACCGUUCUGAUGAAAUGGACUGCUUCAAGCCCACCAAGAGCUGCAGUCAUCGCUGUGACAACAAUAGCCGCUGUAUCCCAGAAACGUUCCUCUGUGAUAGAGAGAGAGACUGUGAGGACGGCUCUGAUGAGGAAGGCUGUGAUUCUAACAAGGCCCUUCCUCCUGUCCUGCCAACUCUGGCUCAGACCUGUACCAGUCCAUCAGUGAUGUGUCGGGGCUCAACUUUGUGCAUCUCCCAAACUCAGCUGUGUGACACAUUGAGAGACUGCCCUGAUGGUUUUGAUGAGGAGUCCUGCAUUACUAAAUGUCCAAACCGAGGUGAGUUCCGGUGUAAGGACAGGAGGAAAUGUAUUGAGAGGAGGCUGGUUUGUGAUGGACGCGCUCAUUGCCAAGACGGCUCAGAUGAGGUUGGCUGUCAAACGAUAGCUGCUCCAACAUCCCAAACUGUGCCCCUGAAGUGUCGCAUGGGUUCUAGACUGUGCAAGGAUGGGAGAGAGUGUGUCCUGCACAGCCAUGUUUGUGAUGGAGAGGUGGACUGUAAGGAUGGAUCAGAUGAACAGCACUGUGAGCUCCUCUGCAAAGCAGGUCAGUUCCAGUGUGCUCAUGGGAAGAAGUGUAUCGACCAGCAGCAGGUUUGUGAUGGGAAGGCACAGUGCCAGGACCGUUCUGAUGAAAUGGACUGCUUCAAGCCCACCAAGAGCUGCAGUCAUCGCUGUGACAACAAUAGCCGCUGUAUCCCAGAAACCUUCCUCUGUGACGGAGAGAGAGACUGUGUGGACGGCUCUGAUGAGGAAGACUGUGUGGCAAAGCCUUGUGGCCAGCAGCAGUAUCAGUGCAUUAAUGGUCAGUGUGUGUCUGAGGCUUUCCGUUGUGACGGCCAUGCAGACUGCGGAGACCAUUCUGACGAGGCGGGCUGUGCCAAACCCCCCCACUGUCCCCCGGAGCGCCGCUGCCCAAACAGCCAUGAAUGUCUGGUGGAGGAAUGGCUGUGUGAUGGGGAGCAGGACUGCCAGGACGGUUCAGACGAGAGGAACUGUAAGGUGUCUCCAGUGACGUGUGGGGAGUUCCAGUGGAGCUGUGGCUCUAGGAGCCAGUGUAUCCCUUCGACCUGGAGGUGUGAUGGACAGAAGGACUGUGAGGACUACAGUGACGAGGCCGGAUGUGGCCAGGUGAAGUGCUCCAACCAGCUUUACCAGUGUGGUAGUGGAGAGUGUGUGGACCAUUCUCUGCUGUGUGACCACAUCAUCAACUGUCCUGAUGGAUCUGACGAGGGGCACGGCUGUUCCACCAACAACUGCUCCAGCCCUGGGACCCCCCAAUGUGACCAGCACUGUGUCAGCACCCCUUACGGACCGAGGUGCAUCUGUGCUGCAGGCUUCCGGCUCCAGGCUAAUGGUCUGUCCUGUGUGGAUGUUGACGAGUGUAACGAGGUCCUACCACCAGUCUGCAGCCACACCUGCCUUAACACCCGCAGCUCCUUCCUGUGUCGCUGUCACCAUGGAUAUCUGCUGGAACCAAAUGGUCGCAGCUGCAAGACCCAAGAUGAGGCUCACCUGCUGGCAUCUGUUCAGUAUGAGCUGCUGGUGUUGGGGUUGCAUAGCUCCAGCCUUUCAGUGCUCUCCACUAGUCAGACACCUGUGUUCUGUGUGGAUUAUGACUGGCGAGACCAGAGGGUAUACUGGGUCAGUCUGGAGGAGGAGAGCAUCAAGUGGACUUCCAUCAACACCAAGGACACAGGCACUCUGGUCAAAGGUGUGAAGUCUGACUCUAUAGCUGUGGACUGGGUUGGCAGGAACCUGUACUGGCUGGAUGGGCAGGCCGGGCAGAUUCUGGCUGUGAGGCUGGGCACAUCUACAGUAAAGUCUCAGAACUACAUAGUGGUUCUGGAUGAGGAUCUGGAGCAGCCUCGCUCACUACUGCUGCUGCCACACAAAGGGUUGAUGUACUGGUCAGAGGUUGGUAGCGAUCCCCAGAUAGAGCGGUCAGGGAUGGAUGGUUCUGAGAGGAAAGUGGUGUUGACUCGUGGUCUCAGCUGGCCAGUCAGUCUCUCUGUGGACACUCUCACUGACCGAAUCUACUGGGCAGAUGAAAAACUGCAGUGCAUCGGCUCUGUAUCCCUGGAAGGACACAAUGUCAAGCUUCUGCAGCUGACUGAAAUGCCCAGUCCAUUCUCUGUAAUGGUUUUCAAUGACAUGGUCUACUGGUCUGACACCAAGAGGAGAACUAUUCAAGUAUCCCACAAGAACACGGGCAAGAACCGCAAAGUUUUACUCAAAAGACCUGGACGGCCUUUUGGAAUCAGGAUGAUGCACCCCCUCCGGCAGACCAAUGUGUCUAGCCCCUGUGAGAAGCUCCAGUGUUCCCACAUCUGUCUCUUGGCUCCAGCGCUGUCUACAGGCCCCAGGGCUGGGUUUACGGGACCCAAAGCUGUGUGUAGAUGUGCAGCAGGGCUACUCCUGGCUGGGGACGGCCUCACCUGCUCCACCCUUGUAGACACCACCUUCCUCUUGAUCCUCUCUCCUACUGCAGUUACACAGAUAUACCUUAGCACCAUCCAUAAUGGUGUGGGGUUGAAGCGGUUGCCUGAGCACCAUAUAUGGUCUCUGCCGGGGAUGCACCAGGCCUCAGGGCUGGAUUUUGCUGUACGGGAGAGGAAAUUAUACCUGGCUGAUGCUGCCCAGGGCUCAGUGGAUCUUCUGAAACUGAGUAGCUCAGGCCUGACACCAGGCAGUAGAGUCCUGAAUCUCCAGGACGAUACAGUGAUGGCUCUGGCUGUGGACUGGGUCACACUCAACCUGUACUGGAGCAGCAGGCAGCAGCCUGACCUACAUGUCACCACCACCAAGGGGCAGCACACUGCACCUCUACUCCAACUAGGCCUUCAGGGAACCACCUCCAUCGCCCUGCACCCCCCCUCAGGACGCCUGUGCUUCACAGCCUUGGACCAGGUGAAUGUGAGGAGCCUGCCACAGGUGUACUGUGCCUUCAUGGAUGGACGUAGUCAGAAGCUGCUCUGGGGGAAAGCUGUGAUGCCAACCUCCCUUCUGUUCUCCAACAAGGGCACUCAGCUGUAUUGGGCUGACAUAGGUGUUGGAGUGAUCGACUCCAUUCUUCUGGAUGGUUCUGGAUAUAAACAGUUUAAAGCAGAUCCCGGCCUCAUGUCCUUCACACUGGCUGAGAACGUCCUCCUGUGGAGCAGCCUGGACAAAGAUGUGACUAGACUCUGGUUCAGUGAUGGAUUUCAGCCCAAGCAGCUGUGGUUUGAGGUCAAUACCAAUGUAGUGGCACUGAGGGUUUACAGCAAGACCAGUCAGAAAGGAACUAACAGCUGCUCAGCGCGGAACGGAGGCUGCAGUCAGCUGUGCCUGGCCUACCCAGGGGGGCGUAGCUGCCGAUGUGGACGUGGUUACCAGCCUAUCGACACCAAAAGGUGUAGCCCCUUCCCUUCCCUCCAGUGUCCAGAGGGCAGCAGGGCCUGUAGUGACGGCAGCAGGUGCCUCCCCCUCUCAAAGUUCUGUAACCACCAAACAGACUGCCUCGACCAUUCAGACGAGAUCAAAUGUGGGUCUGGAGUGAAGCCCCAAGAUGUCAGCAAUAGUAAACCUUCCCGUGGGCAUGCUGGAAACACCGUCCCCCCUGGCCAGGACUGGUCUGGGAGUACCACCCCCGGGGGGGUCGAGGUGCUGGACUCUGAGUUAUGUGAUGUCCAGCAGUGUAAUGGACAUGGGAAAUGUGUGACAAGGGGUGAAGAAACCACCUGCCAGUGUGUUCUGGGAUACCAGGGUGUGUUUUGUGAGGAGGGGGAGGGUCCAGGGGUCAGUAAUGCCCCCCUCACUUUGGGCAUCCUCAGCCUCAUCGCUGCUGUCCUCAUCGCUGCCGUCAUCGUCAGAAAGAGCAGAGCAAGAGCUGCAGCUGGGGGCCAGUCCACAGAGAAGGAGACUCUGAUGACCGAUAUGGAUGAAGGGACAGUCUAUGCUGUGUCUUUCAACAACGAUCUGUAUGAUCCUGACCAGGAAUUGAAUUCGUCUGCUGAUGGGACAUCUCAACAUCUGUAAAUGUUGCCUUUCCUCUUCUGCUCUGAAAUAAAGAAUGUAUAGGAU